CUCAGCAGUCCUAACCAGUCCUGGUCUGGUUGUGAUUGUCAUUGAAAAAUAUUGUUUUCGAACGUACAGUUGUUUACGAUUGUUGUCGCAAUUAUUGAUUGUUCAGUUUUAGGCUGAUUUUUUGUGUGUCGUCGUUACCUCCCAAAAGAAAGCACCGGUAGCUGUGAAAAAUUUCUUGUACAACCGUUAGAAAUUCAGUGCAGCAUGUACGGCUCAAUGUUUUUGCUGUUGUUUGUUUUGGCCCUAGGCCACGUGCAAGCCAACAAAACUGUUGUGUUUACCAUGUGCGUACCAGAAAUUUAUUGGCAGGAGUGCGUCGACAUGAUGCAGGAAUCGGCUCGCGAAGGUAUCCCAAUGUAUUGUACUUCCGGUCGCGAUCGGUACGACUGUAUAGACAAAGUCGGUAAAAAAGAAGCCGAUGUGGUGGCAGUCGAUCCCGAAGACAUGUAUCUAGCUGCCAAAAGUCAAUUAGCAAAAGACGCUGGGUACAAUGUUAUCGAACAGGUGAGAACAAAGGAAGAGCCGGAUGCCCCGUACCGUUACGAAGCAGUCGCAGUGAUACACAAGGACCUGAACAUCAGUAACGUGCAAGGACUUCAAGGAUUAAAAUCCUGUCACACGGGAGUGGGAAGGAACGUCGGAUACAAAAUACCAAUAACAAAACUCACGGCUAUGGGUGUCCUGCAGAAUAUUAAUAACCCUGAAUAUUCAGCCCGCGAGAACGAGCUGCGGGCUCUGAGCACAUUUUUCAAAAAAGGAUGCCUCGUCGGUACCUGGUCGCCCGACCCAUUAAUUCAUCAAAGGCUGAAGGAAACUUACAGCAACAUGUGCGCCCUUUGCGAGAAACCGGAAGUCUGCGACUAUCCAGACAUUUACUCCGGAUACGAAGGUGCCCUGAGGUGUCUUGCGCAUAACGGGGGCGACGUGGCUUGGACCAAAGUUAUUUACGUAAAGCGAUUCUUCGGACUUCCGGUUGGGGUCUCGCCUGCUCUACCCUCUAAUGAGAAUCCUGCGGACUUCCGGUACUUCUGUCCUGACGGAAGUAAGGUACCGAUUGACGCUACCACCAAACCUUGCACCUGGGCUGCACGACCUUGGCAGGGAUACAUGACGAAUGGGAACGUUCGCGAUGUUAACGUCAUGCAACAGGAAUUGACCGAACUGGGUAGACUGGGUGAAACCGAAAAGGCCAAGUGGUGGAAGGACCUGAUGUUGCUCAACGAGAAAACAAUAGCGGUGGCAGCGCCGCCAGUGGCGCCGGAGGAACAUUUGAGGAAUGCAAAGUACAUGGACGUCAUCGAGAGGAAUUCAGGUGCGCCCGAGAGAAACGCACGCUGGUGCGUUUGGAGCGAAGCUGCUUUUGAAAAAUGUCAGGCGCUUGCAAAAGCAGCAUUUUCUAGGGACGUAAGGCCCAGAGUUGAAUGCUUACGCGAACAAAACGAAGCAUCUUGUCUGACAGCUGUGAGAGACAAUGGCGCCGAUUUGGUUGUUCUUGACGGAGGAUCAGUCAUCGAAGCGAUACAACAGUACAAUUUACAGCCUAUAAUUUCGGAAACUUAUGGUAACGGAACAACGGAAUUUGGCGAAAGAGCUGCAAUCGCCGUUAUCAAGAAAGGAUCGAAUAUCAAUAAUUUAGCCGAUUUAAGGGGAAAGCGUUCCUGUCACAGCGGUUACAAGGGAGACUUUGCCGGCUGGUCAGCUCCGGUGUACACGUUAAAAAAAUAUAAUUUGAUUAAAUCCGAAGAGGAAAUUUCCAAAUUUUUCCCUGCCUCCUGCGCACCUGGUGCGCGCGAGGAUUCGAAAUUGUGUCAGCUGUGCGUUGGUAACAUGGCGUCCAAUGACGACAGAGUGAAACAAGCGACGAAAUGUAAGCCUACCGAAGCCGAAGCAUAUAAGGGCGGCUUGGGUGCUUUGAAAUGCUUGACCACUGGAAACGGAGACGUGGCCUUCCUGUCGGCUCCGAGUCUCCUGCAGUCACUGCACGGAACAAAUUCGGAAAGCAGCGCUAGCGGCUCGGACUACAUGCUGAUAUGCCCGAACAGUGGUUUAGCAACGCCAGAAAACUGGCUUCAAUGUAACUUGGGACUGGAACCGCCACGAGUUGUCCUUAGCUCUGCUGCGAAAACUGCAAAUGCACUCGAAGAGCUAAUUCACGGUGUUUUGGCAUCGAGCAGCCUCUAUGGCAAAAAUCAAGAUCUUCUUCGUUUGUUCGGCAGCUGGGGUGGACAGUCGAAUUUAAUUUUUAAGGACGAAGCAACCGGCCUUGUGUCCGUCGAAAACACUUGGGAUAAAUGGGAGGCCUGGAAAGCUACCCGGGAUAAUUACAAGUAUCUGUAAAGUCAGUCCCGACGCGAUCGAUUCACUGAUUCUUUAGUGCUUCCGCAGCGAGAACCUCCUGAAAAAAAAAAUGUCUCAGCCUGCAGUAAGGCCUUGCUGUUAUUCGUAACUGAUAAUAUAGCUUUCAGCAUUAUGCAUA